AUGGCAAGCUCACUGUGUGAUAUUGCUGAGGUUGGCUGUCUGAAUUCCGGAACACUCAGCGAGGCUGUUUCCGAGUAUUCCACAGUGUCUGAGUUUUUGGCAGCCGACAUCCGGAUGUCGUUUCAUCCCACUUUUGUCAGCGAACCUGAAGAGGAUCUCUUCUUCAGGUUUGAUACUGACGGGUUAGUGGUGGAGCUGGAGCAUGCGACGGCACUCGUAGCUCCAUUCCACUACCUGCUCCUUCCGAAGGUUCAGGUCCACAUGCUGAAAGACUGUUAUAUGUUUCUCAAAAAGCAUGUGGACCUGAAAGAGUGUACCCCAGCUGGUUUGAGCGCGUUGCGAAACAGCCUUGGGUUUGGACUUCAGGAGUUGGUAGGCCCUCGUGGAUCCCUGUACUCUGUCUUGGGGAUCCACGAGGCCACCAAUUACCAGAGUAAUCUGGACCACCUGGAGUUGAGCAUCCACCAAGCGCUGCUUAACCUCAUCAGUGCUGAGGGAAAGCUCACAUUCGUGCAGUUCUAUGUGGAAUCACCACAUGUCCAUAUCGAUCCCGUGGAUGGCUUCUGCAUGAAGGAAGUGUACAAGCUUUUCCAGGAGAACGCAUUGGUUCUCCCUUUCAAGGACACGGGUCUCGAAUACGGCCUCCAAUCAACACUACAAAAUGUCCUUGGUCACUUUGUGAAGCAACUCAGGGACAUUUCUAUAAAAAACGAGGGUGUUGCAAAGUAUGACCCCUGCUGGAAAUCCUUCCAGCUUGAGUUAGCAUUGGAAGAGCUGUUCUAUGGGCAUCCCCUCUCACCCUCCGACUUCCAGCUGAGUGUGAGCCUUGGCACCAACACUGUGAACCCACACAGCCUCACUCACACCCGAGGGUUUAUAGGGUUGGCUCCACACUCAGCUGCAAGUGCUGGCGAGGUACCUCCUCCGUUACAACAUUGGACACGUAACGAACUCCAGACAUUGCGGCUGGAACGUAUCUUUCCCUUUUGCCAGGCCCUAGAUGCCACUCCAGCUCUUCUAGGUGUCAGGGCUGUGCACCUUCUGCUGUGUGACAUCUUUCGAAGGAACUCAGACAUCCCCUUUGCUGACCUGAAAGGUGAACGUCCACCAGGUCGACUCUCUGGUUCCAUCGACCUUGAGGUUUUUUGUGAAGAUCUCAGCACGAAAGACAGCUUUCCGGCACCACUUACGUUCGGACGAGCACGUCAGAUGAUGGUGGAGAACGAAAGGGAUGUCAAGAAGUGCCUGGUCGAGGGAUUCCUCAGCGAGGGAUUGCGGUUCUUUCCAGCUAUAAAGUUCCGCGAUAUCCGUGGCUCCAAAAAAAUGUUCUGGAACACCCGAGAUUAUUACGUUUUGGAGUCUGAGGGCCAUAACGUGCAACUUUCAAAGGUCGCAACAGCCACCCUUCAGGUCUGCACAGAGAUAGAGCGUCGUUCCUUGAGUUACUCAAGGAAUCUGGAGAAAUACCGCGACCAUGGUAUGUUGUGGAUGGACAAGGUGCUCCAAAGGAUUCCUUCGAGAGUCAAAGGAACGCUGCAACUCAAUGUCUUGACUUUCGUGAGCUGUGUCGGCAUGAUCAUGAAUGGGGACUAUGUCGAUUACAGCCAACUGAGAACUCUGCUGGGAGACCUCAGUCCUACCGUAAGUCAGGCACUUCUCCAAAGGUGGCAGAUACAAUCAAAGUUCAACCUCCCCAAAGUGUUUAACUUCCUCGUAUGGAAGUUGAAGGAGGACAUCCCAUACAGGGUACAAGUGCCAGUCACUCCCAAGAGUGUGGUGAAAAAACCAGAGCAGGUUGUGGAGGAGCAGCCAUUCGAAGAUGUUCAGGAAGUUGAAGACCAAGAUGGUGUUCAGCCAAUGUGGCAGCUGGUCAACAGGUCGAAGGUUGAUCUGUUUUUCCUGUCUCUGCUUCAGGGCUUCGUCUCGUUCCUGCUGCCGUGUUUCGCUGUGGAUCACCUGUACCUGUCCCUCGAUCCGUACCUGCUGUCUGAGGAGGACACGCCCAUCAGCGACGAUCCCGACGCGGCCCGAGACAUCCUGCAGCUGGUCCGGACUCUGCGGCUCGUCAGCGACGCCGUUUCUGCAGAGAUGGCGUACGAGAUGGAGAAAGCUCUGGAGUACCUCCAGACUCCUGAGAAAGCUGCCGAGCUGGUCCUGGAAAACAUGGUGUGCAACGACAAAGAUGGCGUGAUCGAAGACAUCCAGAACAAACUUCAGGAUAUCCGGAGUCCCAUAGCAGCCAUGGUGGCUCUGCUAAGGGAGCUGGACCUGGAGACGGACUCUGAGCUGGGCGGAGACGGGCCUGUCGCUCCAGGUCUGAACGUCAGGAUGAGCCUGUCUCAGCUCUACGGCAGCAGCUGCGCCGUCUCCGUCAUCUGUCAGGGCGUCUGCCACAUGGCCAUGACCCGAGCGCAGUUCUGCAGAGACCUGCUCAUACUGCAGAAGCUUUACCUGCACUUCGGAGACAACGUGUUUCUGGGCGGUGGAAACCAAUUGCUGCAGCUCCAGCAGGAUCUGAUCCCGCGGACCUCCCACCUCCUCUCCUCCUACCACCUUCUCAAACACGUCAGUCAGAGCCUCGCCUCCUCCGUUCCCAUGGACACCAUAGAUGUGAACCUGCAGCACCUCACAGCGCUGGAGCUGUCGGACACACCGAGCAUAUCGACGGGUCGAUCAGUGCUGAACCCUCAGACGGUCCUGGAGCUCUUCUACCAGACUGCAGCCAGAAGGAUCAUCGUCUCCCAGAUAUUUUCCCAGCAGCACCCCGACUCUCCGCUCCUCUGGACUCACAUGACCUCCACUGUUGUCCAGCUGCUGGCUCAGCUUCUCUGGCCCAGUAACCCUGGCUUCCAGUUCCCAGAGUGUCUGAUGGCCAACUGUCAGUUUACUCAGCUGCAGGAGUUCGUGCGUCUGGUUGGCCCUUGGUGUCAGGUGAACAUCGGCUCUUGCCGCUUCAUGCUGGCUCAGUGUCACCUGGCCAACGGAGAGGGCCAGAAGGCUCUGCGGUGUUUCCAGGAGGCGGCGACAGAGGUGGAGAGGGAGGAGUUUCUAAUGAAGCUGACAGGCAGCGAGGACGAGGAGGCGGCGGCCAGUCCGAGGCUGCAGUACUACAACAAGGUGCUGCGGCUGCUGGAGGACGUGGGUCUUCCUGAGCUCGUCAUCCAGCUCGCCUCCCUGGCCAUAGCAGAAGCAGACGAUGACGUCCACUGUCAGGCGGCGCUGUGGACGAGAAUCUUCAAACAUCACCUGGAUUUGGGACACAACAGUGAAGCUUAUGAAGCUCUGACCCAGAACCCCGACAGCAGCAUGCAGCUGGAUUGUCUCCGUCAGCUGGUCGUGGUGCUCUGCGAACGCUCCCAGCUGCAGGACCUGGUCCAGUUUCCCUACAUGAACCUGCAUGAUGAGGUGGUCGGCAUCAUUGAGUCUCGUGCUCGCGGUCUGGAUCUGCUGACACACAAUUACUACGAGCUUCUGUACGCCUUCCACAUCACCCGACACAACUACAGGAAAGCGGGGACAGUCAUGUUUGAGUUUGGGAUGCGUCUCGGCCGGGAGGUUCGAACUCGACUCGGUCUGCAGAAACAGGUGAACUGCUACCUCGCUGCGCUCAACUGUCUGCGCCUCAUCAGGCCCGAAUACGCCUGGAUCGUCCAACCGGUGUCCGGGAGCACAUACGAGCGACCCGGAGCGUCUCCAAAGAGGAACUCAGAUGGAGAGUUUCCAGCAGAGCCAGCUGCAGGUAGGCGACAAGUGGACAUCCUGGAGCUCCAUGACCUGGAGAAGGAGUACUUCCUGUCCCGAGCUCGCCUCACGCUGGCUCAGCACCACCCGCCAUCAGCAGCCAUCGCAGGCAGCGCGUCUGCAGUCGAGCUGGUUCUGCUCCUGGUCCAAACUGGACUCUUCGACUCUGCUCUGUCGCUCAGUCGCAUCUUCAAACUGGAUCUGAGUCCUAUCUUCGACGCCCUGGCCUUCAAAUGCAUCCAGCUGCAGUCCGGGGAGGAGCCUCAGAGUGAAGCUUGGAGCUGGUUGGCUGCUAACCAGCUCUCUGUCGUUAACACUAAAGAGUCCAGUGCCACAGACGAGGCCUGGCGGCUGCUGGCCUCCUACCUGGACAGGUAUCCCUCCACCAACGGGCAGCAUCACCGCCACGUCAUCCACAAGCUGCUGUCACAUGGUGUGCCGCUGCCUGAUUGGCUACUGCAGUCCUACAAGUGUGUGGACGCUCCCUCACUGCUGCGUCUCCUGCUGAACUUUGACCUCUUAGAAUCAGCCGCGGAGCUCGUGUUGGAGUACGUGGACGCCGUCCUCGGCCGUGGACAUCAGUACUUUGGGAUUGAGAGGCCGCUGUCAGCCACGUCGCCGCCCGCCUGGCUACCGUACACCGCCAUCGAUCAGCUUCUGCACGCCUUGAGCGAGACACAAACACAUGGCAACCUUCACAUCAAAGUUCGAGACAAACUGGACGAGUAUCACAACAUGGUGCAACAGAACGAACACCGACUCGCCUCUCAGAGACGAGUGGCAGCAUGAGACGAGUCGCUGCCACCCGGAUCAUCUACCAGUUUUCUAUUUGUUUUUUAUGUGUAAAUCUUCUAAUUAAAUUCUUUUCUAACAUU